GGGGGUUGGUUACUCACAACAGAGAUUCCUGAAUCUCCGAUAACUUUUUCUUUAUUUUUUAUUUUUUGUAUCAGAUGAGUUUUUAAAUCUUAUCCCCUCUGAUUAAAAAGAAAGAAAAAAUCAGUGCUGAUCCAUCAUGGGUCCUACCACAUCGUAUGUCCGAAGAAUGUGAUUGACAUCGACACACUUAUGUUGCGGCUUUAAUAUUAUAACAAUUAACAAUGGUGAUGACACAUUUUUCACGUCUCCGACAACUUCCUCUACUCCUACAACCCAAAUCUCUCAUUUCUCAAUCUCGUUUCCUCCGUCCUCCUCCUCUUCUAUUGAAAACUCCAACAUUUCUCCGAUCAGUGAUGGGUUCUUCUUCAUCUUUAUCCUCCUCCUCGAAGCUUCUCUUUCGCCAACUCUUUGAGAAAGAAUCUUCCACCUUUACCUAUCUUCUCGCCGACGUUUCUCAUCCUGAUAAGCCUGCUUUGUUGAUUGAUCCGGUCGACAAGACUGUUGAUAGAGAUUUGAAGCUGAUAAAUGAGUUAGGUUUGAAGCUUAUCUAUGCUAUGAACACUCAUGUUCAUGCUGAUCAUGUCACUGGAACUGGACUUCUUAAGACUAAGCUCCCGGGUGUGAAAUCAGUCAUUUCGAAAGCAAGUGGUUCCAAAGCAGAUAUGUUUCUUGAACACGGUGACAAAGUAUCCAUCGGCGAUAUAUACCUCGAGGCUCGUUCUACACCUGGACAUACUGCAGGAUGUGUUACAUAUGUGACUGGAGAAGAGGCUGAUCAGCCCCAACCAAGAAUGGCUUUUACCGGGGAUGCUGUACUCAUCCGGGGUUGUGGGAGGACUGACUUUCAGGGAGGAAGCUCGGAUCAGCUAUAUGAGUCUGUGCACUCUCAGAUAUUUACAUUGCCAAAAGACACAUUGAUCUAUCCAGCUCACGACUACAAAGGUUUCGAGGUAAGUACAGUUGGAGAAGAGAUGCAACACAACACACGUUUAACUAAAGAUAAAGAAACAUUCAAAUCCAUUAUGUCAAAUCUCAAUUUGGCGUAUCCAAAGAUGAUUGAUGUUGCAGUACCAGCAAAUAUGGUAUGUGGACUACAAGAUGUGCCUUCUCAAGUCAACUAAAACGCUACUCAAUAUGUUUCUCCUUUCUUUAUCUAUUCCUUCAUUCUAUAUUUUACCAGAAGCCAAUAAAACUCUUGACAGUAGUUUGUUCAGGGGUGUGUGUUUGUCACGUAAUUUUAUUCUUCAUUCUACAAAACUUGCUUCCAGCUUAGAUAAGAUUGUGUAAAUUAGAUUGAGCAUAUGGAAUUUGCUAUGAAGAUGAAGACAGUAUUUGCGUGUUCAACU